AUGGCAACUCAACCCUUCCGGCAUCGAGGAAAAGAAGACCGACCACGACAAGGGGGCAAUGGCCGCAGAGCUGAGCAGAGGCCAGAGUCUAAGGCAUCCCCACACCAACAUUUUGGGGCAGGUGUAUUAGCCAUGGGACUCCUCAUAGCUGUGGUUGCAGGGUGCUACUACCUGGUUUUGCUUUGGAGGUCAGAGAGGGUGAAGACGGAGCGGAUGGACCUGAAGACAGAUGGGUUCAUCAUCAAAAACCAGAACGGGGAGGUGGUCUUCGAGGUGGCCUUCCAGUCGGGGGUGCUGGAUCUGGAGUCGUGCUCGAAGGAGGGGGAAAUUUUAACCUGCAGCAGGUCGGACAAAGGCAAGCUCAAUUUCUUCAUACAGACGGUCAAGCCCAAGGACACCGUGAUGUGCUACCGCGUCCGGUGGGAGGAAUUUGUGGCCGACACAGUGGUCGAACACAAAAUGUUCUGGGGGGAUUCCCACUGGUACGGGGGUUGCGAGAUGAGUGUUCAACACUGGCCAAUCCAGCUCCUGGGAUACCAAGAACCCAUGCCAUUCGUGACUAGCGAUGUGUAUUCUUUCAGGAACAGCUUUGGAGGCAUCUUGGAGAGAUACUGGAUCUCCUCCAAAGCCGCAGCCAUCAAGAUUAAUGACUCUGUGCCCUUUCACCUUGGGUUCAAUUCUUCUGAAAGGUCUCUCUUCUUGCAGGCCAGGUAUAAAGAUUCCCCCUAUAAGCCUCCCCUGGGAAAGCAGCCUUUCCCAGAACUGAGUUACCGUGUCUGUGUAGGUUCAGACAUUACAUCUGUCCACAAACACAUGGUUCAGAAGUAUUUCAAGAAACCUUUUAAGAUACCAUCAGAAAACAUCUUCAAGUUUCCAAUCUGGUCGACAUGGGCUUUGUACAAAAAAGAGAUUGACCAGGAGAAACUUCUGGAAUUUGCACAGACAAUUCUAAAGUACAGUUUUAAAUAUAGCCACAUUGAAAUAGAUGACAUGUACAUGCAGAAUUAUGGUGACUUUGACUUCGAUCCAUUAAAGUUCCCUAAUGCGUUAGGACUGUUUGAAAAACUUAAGAAAGACGGAUUUAAUGUCACCUUGUGGAUACAUCCCUUCAUACAUGUAAAUUCCCCAAACUUUGAGAUAGGGAAAGAGAGACGGCAUUUUGUGACAGAGCCAGAGGGGCAAGUUCCUGCCAUGGUCAAGUGGUGGAAUGGCAUGGGUGCCAUCUUGGAUUUCACCAACCCUUCUGCCAGGGAAUGGUUUCAGAGCCAGCUGAGGCAGCUCUGCACAAAAUAUGGCAUAUUGUCCUUCAAAUUUGAUGCUGGGGAGACAUGUUACCUCCCUGAGGAGUUCAGCACCUUUGAGCCCUUGCCAGACCCCAGCAUCUGGUCCAGAAACUAUGCAGAAGUUGCCAUUCCGUUUUAUGAGUUCGCUGAAGUCCGUGUUGGUUACCGAUCCCAGCAUGUCCCUUGUUUUGUCCGUAUCAUUGACCGGGAUUCAAUUUGGGAUCAUGAGCUUGGACUCAAGUCCGUGAUUCCUACCGUGUUGACCGUCGGCCUUUUGGGAUACCCUUUCAUAUUGCCAGAUAUGAUUGGUGGAAACUUUCUUCCCAACAAGACAGGAGGUGCCGUAGACCUCCCAGACCGGGACCUGUACAUUCGCUGGCUGGAGCUGUCAGCAUUUCUGCCGGCCAUGCAGUUCUCCAUCCCACCUUGGCUGUAUGACAGGGAAGUCACUGAAAUUGCUCAGAAGUUUACUGAGCUUCGUGAAUCCCUGGUUGCUCCUCUUUUGCUGGAGCUGGCCAAGGAAGUUGCUGCCUUGGGGGACCCUCUUAUAAGGCCCAUCUGGUGGGUUUCUCCUGGCGAUGAGUUUGCCCACCAAAUCAAUUCCCAGUUCCUCAUUGGGGAUGCAUUCAUGGUGGCUCCUGUCUUGGAGUCAGGCAUGUUAAAGAGAGACAUCUACCUCCCAGCAGGUAAAUGGAAGAGCUACAAAGGAGAACUCUUCACAAAGACUCCCGUCCUGCUUGCGGACUACCCAGUUGACUUGGACGAAGCUGCUUAUUUCUCCUUGGUUUCCUAA